CCAAAGGAAAAGCAACCAAAAAAGGGAAUAUUGAGAAAACUGACAAAGAAGUGCUAUGUAACGAAAAAGUAGAUAACGACUAUGAUAAUAAAAACAACGAUGAUGCAAGAAGAAUCAAAAUUACGAGGGUAUAUCUUGACACUUCCCACAGUCAGAACCCUGCGACAAUGUCUAAUGUAACAGACGUUUACGAUAAUAAAGACUUUAUCAACAAGAGAGAAAUUCAAAGCUCAGGGACGCAUACGGCCAAAGACGUGGCAGCUCUUGAAGUCAUUGUAGACAUGAUGAAGAAUCCAAUGAAAAGCGAUGAAAAUAAUAAAAAUUCUCCUAAUAUCAAAAAUGACAAGGCUCAGAGCAAUGAUAAAGUAAGCGCUAAUACAAACUCUAUACAAGUACACAUAGCCGUACCCUACGAAAUCGAAAAUUGUAAAAAAAGAUCACUAGAAGCAGUUAAAGUGAGGAAAGUUUUCACAGCUAAGUUAUCUACACCGGUGGAUAUAGAAUACCAAGUACAUUCCCUCGAAGAUCCACCUACCACACAGAAACCUUUGGAUGACAUGGGUGGGUUAUCACCAGGUGUUUAUCUGCUAGUAGACAACACCUACUUUCCGCAAGGUGUAGCAUUGAAACCUGUUAUACCUAAUAAUAUUUCGGCUAUGAAAGUAAGGCAAAUAAAGACUACGACGGAAAAAAUGACAUCCACUAUUCCAACGAAGAAUCUUGCGAAGGUAACUCUGAGCAAAGAUUUUAUUUCUGCUAUAAACAAACAGUUAAUAACGCUUUACAAUCUCACGCAGAUUGAUAAAAAUAAAUGUGACCUUGCCAAUAAUUCCAAAAGAGAUAGGACUAAAAGAAGUAUAAAUUGGGAUGUAGUGAAUAAAAUAUUUGGGCACGACAGGGUAUGUAACUGUAAAUGUAAAGUUAACAAAACUAUGUGUAAAGCUUGUGCUGCAAGUGAGGCCGUUAUGUCUGAGCUUAUUUUUGAGUUCGAGAACUUGUUCAAAUACAUGAAUGAACAUUGCACGGAAAUUCAAGCUUAUUUUUUGGCAAAUCCUCGUGGUGGGAAAAGACUUAAAGACUCGGUUCAUAAAAUUGACCAAAGCUUACGCGAUUACUACAAGAGAGUAAAAGGUAAAUGUCAGGGCCGCACGUGCAUAACAUUCGCUACUUUAAUUGAUGAAAGGGAGCUUCACAAAGAUUAUAAAAGAAGUAAAGAUGCUGGGCACAAUUUUAUCAAUGAUCUCGAGGCAAUAGCAAAAGACAUCGAAAAAGCAACAAAAACUGUAACAUGCUUCAAAGAAAAUUUGGAAGAUGAAGUCAAAAAAUUAAAACAUAUUAUAAACAACUGUAUACUCCUGAAAUCACAUGACAAAACAUCGGAUUUAAAUUAUAGACAAAGUAAGGAUAUCAAAAAUGUUUAUUCACUUGAUGGUGUAAAUGUUAACAUAAUUUGUAACACCGAAUCGACAAUACCCUAUAUUACAUCGGUGUCUCCACACAGUCAUGAUAAAAAUGUCUGGGUAGAUACUGAAUGUAAAGAGAAAAAGUCAAAGGGAUUUAAGGAAUUUUUCUCACGUUUUCGAAGUAAGAAAAAAGAUAGUGCUUUGGGCGAGUAUUUGAAACAAAUGAACAAAACUUUUGAUAAGAGAGAAGUCAAGGAGAGCAAAAUAGAGUUGCCCUUAAUUUCAGAUACAGGAGGAUCAUUCUGGCAUGACUAUAUAAAAAGGUGUUCCGGUGAACCUAAAAUUGCAAGAAGUAAGUCUAAAAUAGAGACUCAAACGGAACGUCAAAAUAAAGCAUUUAUUGACAAGAAGGAAUUUAAUAUGGAACUUUUAAAAAGAGCUGAAUAA